AUGCUCGACAGAUCCUCAGCCUCCUUCUUCAGCCAAGGUCGUCCAACCCUCACGAGAUACGCGCACCAUGGAGUACCAACGAGAGUGUCCACAGUUCGGCCGCGCGAUGCGCUCCUAUUUGGACUCGAACCGGGAUUUGCGAACCUCAACCACGGUGCCCUUGGAUCCGUGCCGCGCCCAGUCGCCCAGGCGUGCGAGAGACUGUCCACGCAGGUGGAGGCGAACCCAGAUCGCUUCAUGUGGUUCACGUACUGGCCCGCAUUGGACGAGGUCCGUGCGUCCGUGGCGGAGCUUAUCGGCGCGCGUCCGGACGAGUGCGUGUUCGUCCCGAAUGUCUCGCAUGGCGUCAGCACCGUGCUGAGGAACUUCGAGUGGUGCGAAGGUGACGUCGUCGUGAUCAGUGUCUUCAACACGAUCAAUGGCAUAGCGCACAACAUGUCCGACAUGCCGCCUCACCCAGCCGUCUCCGAGUUUCCUUUGCACUUCCCCGACAAGUCGAAGGUGCAAAGAUGUUCGAAGAACAAGAUUGUCGUCGUUAUGGAUAGUGUGCUCCCUACUCCGGCUGUUCUGAUGCCUGGAAGAGAUGGUGGCGAUAUGCAAGGAGGAAGGCGCAUGGAGCCUCGUGAUGCCGCUCACUCCAUCGGACAAGAGAUGAACCUCGACUUGACGAAGGCUGCACCAGACUUCUGGAUUUCGAGCUGCUCCAAAUGGCUGUACGCUAAACGUGCUUGCGCGGUCUUGUACGUUCCCAAGCGCGAUCCCACAGGCCUCAACUACCAGAGAAUGAAGCUGACCCAGACGCGCACCCUCGUAGAUACGUUCAAGUGGCCUGGCACAUCGGAUAUGCUGACGCCGCUCAGUAUCAAAUCUGCCUUGCCUUCCGGGCCUUCCUGGGGGCGAAGAGAAAUCAAUGCCUACUGCCACCAUCUCGCGCUUGCCGGGGGCAGACGCAUGGCCGAGAUCCUCGGGACGAGCAUGUUGUACUCAGCCAAGGACGAGGAAGAGUACAAUCUCAACAUGGUCAAUGUCGAACUCCCGAUACCCUCGGCGAUACACAUGUCGUGGGAACUCAUGGUCGCGUUCCAAGACAAGCUCAUCAACGAGCACAAUACGUACUCGACGCAGUUCUACCAUAACAACAAGUGGUGGACGAGGCCGUGCGCUCAAGUAUUCAACGAGCUGGAGGAUUUCGAGAGGUUAGGAAAGGCGUUGGUGGUUGUCUGCAAGGAGAUCACAGAGAAAUUCGGUGAACGUCAAGACUAA